AUGCCCCGCGGCUUCCUCGUCAAGCGCAGCCGGAGAGCCGGCGGCUCCUACCGGGCACGCCCGCGGGAGCGGGACCUGGAGCAGGACCCUCCGCCCAGCCCGCCCCCGCCGCCCGCCGGCGGGAACAGCCCCGCCGCUAGACAGGGAGCGGGGCAGGAGAAGGGCGAGGGCGAGCAGGCAGCCGUCGCCGCUUGCCCCGCGACGUGGCCCCCCGCCGGCGGCUGCGGCGGCCCCGGGCUCACCCCGCAGGAGGCUCCGGCCGACUGGGGGGCGGCGGGGCCGUGCAGCGCGGCGGGGCCGCGGGCGGCUCUCUUCGAGCGGUGCCUCAGCUCCCCCGCCUCCGCCGAGUCCUUCCCCCUGGCCGCCUCCUUCCCGCCCGCCGAGAAGCUGCUGCUGCAGCCGCGCACGCCGCUGCCCGCCCCGCCGCUGCCGUCGGUGCCCGCGCUGAAGCGGCCGUCUCGGGCCAAGGCGCCGGCCAAGAAGGGCAAGGCCACGCGGAAGCUGAGCUUCGCCGACGAGGUGACCACCUCGCCCGUGCUGGGGCUGCGCAUCAAAGAGGAGGCACCCGAGGGCCGGCCGGGGCCGCCGGCGGGGCGCACGCCGCUGGGCGAGUUCAUCUGCCAGCUGUGCAAGGAGCAGUACGCGGACCCGCUGGCGCUGGCCCAGCACCGCUGCUCCCGCAUCGUGCGCGUCGAGUACCGCUGUCCCGAGUGCCACAAGAUCUUCAGCUGUCCCGCCAACCUGGCCUCGCACCGCCGCUGGCACAAGCCGCGUCCCGGCCCCAGCGCGGAAGGCGCCGCCUCCGCCCCGCCGGGCAAGGAGAACAGCCCCGAGCGGCGGCCCCGCGGCCCCGCCGCGCCCCAGCCCCCGCCGCCGGCCCGUCAGCACCGCGGCGGCGCGGACAGCGCUGGCGGCGCCCCGGCCGCCCCCGGAUCCAGCCCCGGCCCCGCUCACGGCGGCGCUCCCGGUCCGGGCGGCCCCGGCGGGGAGGCGUUCGCCUGCCCCUGCUGCCAAAAGCGGUUCCGGCGGCAGGCUUACCUCCGCAAGCACCUGGGCACCCACGGGGCAGCGCGGCCUGCCGCCUUCGGCCCGCCGGAGCGCGGGCCCCUCACCUUCGCCUGCCACCUCUGCGGCGCCCGCUUCCCCUCGGCGGACAUCAGGGACAAGCACCGGCUGUGGCACGCCGUGCGGGAGGAGCUGCUGCUGCCGCCGCCGCCCGCCGGGGUGCCCGAGAGCGGCGCGGCGGGCGGGGAGCGGCAGGGCUUCCCCUGCAAACACUGCCCCGCCACCUUCUUCAGCGCGCCCGGGCUGGCGCGGCACGCCAGCAAGUGCCACCCGCCGGAGAGCAGGCAGGUUCUGCUGCUCCAGGUGCCCGUCCGGCCGGGCUGCUAGGUCGCCGGCCGCCCCAGUGGGACUGCUCCGAGAGCCCGGGCUAGCCGAGCGAGCUCUGGCUACGCUGUAAUUCCGAUGGAAAGUCGCGGCUCUCACGGCUACGACGUCGGAGGAGCCGGCCGUCAAAGAUGAAGGGCUUCAGACCACGCAAACAUGAUGAUUAUUAACUGCUCCUACAAUUAGCACUCAAACAACCAGCCUGCCAGAAGGAACAACCUAUGCUUUGCAGAGCUACAUGCAAGAUAUUUACCAGAUCUGGGGAAAAGUUUUCAGUUGGGCAUUCUUGCGAACUUGUGUGUAUUUUUAAUACAAAGGAAAACCAAGCUGUGUAUUGCAUUUAACGGCUCCAUGUGCAUGUAAUACACAAUUCUUCUAUAAAUUGGACUAAGAAUCUAAUCAGUAAGGUGAAUGACUAUACAAAAGGUGGUAAGAAUAAUUUUAUUGGAUUAUUAAAUAGUAUGUCUUCUCUUCAACCAUUACAAAUUUGUAGAUACUACAUGAAUGACAAUACAUAAUUUUUUCAUUGUUGCCUAUAUGAUAUUUACACAUGCAGUUAGUACUGAUGCCAUGCUACAUUUUGUUAACAGCAUUUUGUUGUUUACUAGACUCAAAAUGUGAGCAUUUAAUUUUCUGUAGGAAAAUACCUCUGGGUGGGUGGAACUCGUGUACUAAUCUGCGCUCAGAAGAUUGAAAUUAUUAGCAUUUCAGGCCAGGCUCCCGGAGCAUGUUCCCUUUUUUUCCCUAGUACCCAUCAUCACAGCAAUGAAUUUCUAUCAGAAAAGUGUUUGUUUGUUUUUAAUUUUUUUUUAAUGUAAGAAAAAAGAAUAUACAUCUAGAUGGAGCAGCCUAAUGAUAACGGCCAAAACUCAUGAAACUCAAUGGCAUUUAAUAUUGACACUAUUUGGAAAAGCAAACAUUAUAAAAAUAUUUGGAAGCCAAGCAUAAAUAGAAUUUCAGCACAGUGAUUUUUUUUUUCCUGGCAUAGAUUAUCUGCAGAAUUAUGAAAUGAUACAUUGCUUUAUGAUGAAAGGGUGCUAUGAGCAAAUUAUUUCAUUCGGAUUCUGUAACGCUUCAAAGGCCAUUGAACUAUUUUAUUCUCAACAUAAAUACUCUGUACACAUCUUGUGCAUUAACAUUGUGACAUCUGACAAAGACUUUACAAAUGCAACUUCAAUUUAAAAUUGUACAUUCAUUUUCAAAUUGUACAUAUUUCUUCCUUUGUUACAGAGAAAAUUGCAAUGGGGCACAAUAAAUACAGUGUAAUCCAA